CCAGGAGCAGCGUGGUAGGCACAACAAGCCGAGCACUGCUUCGUUCGCGGGUGAGUCCGUGUUUCACUGCAGUUACUCGCUGACACCGACCUGCCGGACUCCACGCGACCGGAGAAAUGAGCUCGUCCUCCCGCCCUUCACAUCGCACUGACGUGAGCGUGUGAAGGCUCUUCAUCUCCACGGACUCACACUCGCACACUUGAAGACGACCAGCAGCGGUCUGCUGUCUUCAAAGCCCGCUUCGCUCGGUGUCGGACAGUCCCGCCCUCAGUCCGGACCAUGGCGGAGAGAAGUGGCCGGCUGAGCUUCCCCGGCAGCGGGGCUCUCAACAGACCGGUGCCCAUGAACCUGUUUGCAACGUGGGAGAUUGACGGAUCGUCCCCGAACUGCAUCCCGAGAUUGUGCAGUCUGACUCUGAAGAAGCUGGUUGUGAUGAGGGAGCUUGAUAAGGAGCUGAUCUCUGUGGUCAUAGCGGUGAAGAUCCAGGGCUCCAAAAGGAUUUUGAGGUCCCAUGAAAUAGUGCUGCCCCCCAGUGGUUCAGUGGAGACUGAUUUGGCGCUCACCUUCUCACUACAGUAUCCACACUUCUUAAAACGAGAGGGAAACAAGCUGCAGAUUAUGCUCCAGCGGCGAAAGAGAUACAAGAACCGAACGAUCCUGGGCUACAAGACUCUCGCAGUGGGAUCUAUCGACAUGGCAGAGGUGAUGCAGCACCCGACGGAGGGCGGUCAGAUCCUCCCUCUCUGCAGUAACCAGAAGGACAUGCUGGGCAAAGUGGCCGAGAUCUGGAUCUUUUCCCUGUCCAGUCAGCCAAUCGACCACGAGGAGGCAGCGCUGCAGGAAGGACAGAAGAUCAAAUGCUCUGAUAAUUACUCGGAGGAAGAGUACGAGAGUUUCUCCUCGGAGCAGGAGGCCAGCGACGACGCCGUGCAGGGACAGGAUCUCGAGGAUGACGAGUACGACGUGAGGAAGCCAAAGAAGCAGAGGAGGUCCAUCGUUAGGACGCCGUCCAUCACCGGACAGCAGAACUUUAAGCAGAGGGUGGUGGCUCUUCUGAAGCGCUUCAGAGUCUCAGACGAGGUUCUGGACUCGGAGCAGGACCCAGCAGAACCGCAUCAUGAGGUGGAGGAGGAGGAUCUGGACCUGGACAGCGUGGAGUUUGAGAAUCCCAGCGACAGCGGCCCAGAGCUGGACGACGAUGACAGCGUCCUCAGUACACCAAAACCCAAACUCAAGCCAUAUUUCGAGGGUCUCUCUCUCUCCAGCUCACAAACUGAGAUCGGCAGUAUCCACAGCAGCCGGAGCCACCGAGAACCUCCCAGCCCGAUUGACCCAGAUAAAACCAAGUGUGGCGGAGCCAAGUUUCCAGAUGACAGCGUGUCUGAUAACGUCUCCUUUGAGCAGCCGGAGGCGGUGACUCCAACCACAGAGCUGGAGAUGGACAACAUGGACACGUUUUUAGAGAGACUCCCGCCAAGUGGCAAAAUGACCAAGACUGAGUCCCUCAUCAUUUCAUCCAACAGGCGUCCGUCUCUCUUCCUCUGCUCUGUUCUCGUUGUCAGGCAGGAACCGAAGUUGGCGGGCAGACGAGGUCGGAGCACGUCGCUGAAGGAGCGGCAGCCCAGCAGGCCGCAGAACGAGAGGGCCAACAGCCUGGACAACGAGCGCUCCCUGGACACACGCUGCCACCUACAGAUCCCUAGAAAGACAGUAUAUGACCAACUAAACCACAUCCUGGUGUCUGAUAACUCCCUUCCUGACAGCAUCAUCCUCAUCAACACAUCCGACUGGCAGGGCCAGUAUCUCUCAGAUAUGCUUCAAAACCACCAUCUACCUGUGGUGUGCACCUGCACCACAGCAGACAUCCAAGCUGCGUUCAACACCAUCGUCUCCCGCAUACAGAGAUUUUGUAACUGUAACUCCCAGACGCCCAUUCCCAUAAAGAUAGCCGUGGCUGGAGCUCAGCACUACCUCAGCGCGGUUCUGAGGCUUUUUGUGGACCAUCUCUCCCAUAAAACUCCUGACUGGCUCGGAUACAUGAGGUUCCUCAUCAUCCCUCUUGGUGCGCAUCCUGUCUCUAAAUAUCUCGGCACUAUUGACUAUCGAUACAACAGUUUGUUCCAAGAUGCUGCUUGGAGGGACUUGUUCCACAAGCCAGAAGCUCCUGUUAUUGCUCAGGAGAGUCCAGACGUGGUGUCUAGGGUCACUCAGUACAUGGUGGGAGCCAACGGAGCGCACCAGCUCCCCAUCGCAGAAGCCAUGCUCACUUACAAACAGAAGAGGAAAAAGAGCUUUCAUUUUGAUUUUGCAGUCAGCCCUGAUGAAGACUCAUGUCAGAAAUUCAUCCCUUUUAUUGGAAUGGUGAAAGUUGGCAUCGUUGAGCAGACAUCCGCAGCGUCAGGAGACUCUGACGAUGCGGCACCUCUGAGCUCCUCGCUGCUCUCCUCCACACCGCCACAAAUAUCACCUGCACUCAAAGAAGCGUCGCCCACCCCACCGUCUUCACCCUCCGUUAACACCAGCUUCUGUGCUUACAGUUCUGGUGGUCAGGUGGAGCUGAUGGGGCUUCAGGUGGACUACUGGGUGGCUCCGACAGAAAGAAAGAAAGAUGUGGAGAAGCGGGACUCCUCCUCCAAAAACACUCUGAAGUGCAAUUUCCGCUCGCUGCAGGUCAGCCGGCUGCCACUAGGGGGCGCUGAGCCAAGCCUCCAGCCCACCAUGUCCAUGACGGUGGUAACCAAGGAGAAAAAUAAGAAGGUCAUGUUCCUGCCAAAAAAGAGCAAAGACAAGGAGGUGGAGUCGAAAAGUCAAGUGAUUGAGGGCAUCAGCCGCCUCAUCUGCACUGCCAAGCACCAGCAGACCAUGCUGAGAGUGCUGAUUGACGGCGUCGAGUGGAACGAUGUCAAGUUUUUCCAGCUGGCAGCUCAGUGGUCCUCACAUGUCAAACAUUUCCCCAUCGGGAUCUUUGGACACACAAAAGGCCCGUACUAGCAGCACCUAAGAGACUGAAACACUGAGGACAGCUACCCUUUUCCUUUCCCUUCUUUCUCCCUGGUGCCAACAGUUUUUAACCCCCUCCACUUCACUUUCCCCCAGCACACUAUUCUUCUCUUCUGCUGUCUUAAUUUAAGCUCCUGCUUUCCACUGUCUUAUUUGUCCGAUUAUUUAAUCUUUUGUGUUUUUUUUUUAAUUUUCUAUUUAUGUAAAAAAAAAGAAAAAAAGUCUCUGAUGUUUUAUAGACUUGUGAGGUAAAAAAAAACUAAUUAUAUAAUAAUUAGAAAUGACUUCUAACCAUUGACAUACUGUACCCCAUCAUGAUUUUUUUCAUUUGGUGAGGUUAGUUUUAAGCACUUGGCCGAUUAAAAUUAAUCAAGAAUAUGUUGAGAGCAAGAGGAAGAAGUGAUGAUGAGUGACUAAGUUUCUAGCCAUGAUGAAAAAAAAGUUGGAUGCUUCACCAGUCAAAAAUACAUGGCCUAUGACCUUGACCUCUGCACAAUAUGAAGAAGUCUAAUGUGCAAUAGACUGAACGCUGUGUGAAAUAAGAUCCUGAAUGUUAACCUGGCACUGUUAUUGACACUGUGGUUUUGGCGCCACAUCUUUAUCCUUUUUAUUUUCUCCUCUUGUUAAACUGGCUUGAGGUUUGAAGAGUGCUGCUUCACAAUUAGUGCUACAAAUAACAAUAUGAACCUGUUUUUGUUUUUAUGUUUUUCAAACAGUUUUAGCACAAAUUCAAAUUCCUUAACUCAAAUUCCAAACUAAUAGUAAGAAUUAUAAAUACAUUUUGGGAUUUUUUUGUAACUAUCUUGCUUGGAAUGAGAUAAAAAAAAAAAACAUAGGCAAACACUAAUCUAUAUGAGAAAGACAAAGCUACAGCUAUCAACUAGCUUUGCUUAGCAUAGCAGGGUUAUCUAGGACCUGUGAUAAGAAAAUAGGCAUGAAGACGCUUUCUAAGCUCACAAAAUAAAAAAUAAUUUCUUAUUUAUUUUAUGUAUAAAGAUACAGGAGAUACAAAGACAAGCAGGCUUAGCUUUGCUAGCAGUUAGCUAGCAUUUCCAGUCGUCAAGCUCUGCUAAGCUAAGUAGCUGCUGGCAAAAAUGCUAGCCUGGAACAGGUUUUUUUUAAUUUAUGUUUAAUUUUAAUUAAAUUUGCCUACCAGCAUCUACAAGCUAAAAUGUUUAUUUGAAUUCAUACAAAAUGAAGUCAGUCAGCUCACAAGUCCUAAUGGUUUGAGAAUAAUUAAGCGCCAAGUUUUUGCCGGCCUGCGGCUAAGCUAAACUUCCUUUUAGAUAUAUUUUUAUUUUAAUGCUCAGCUGGAAGUUCAGAUUAUAUAAUUAUUUCAGCUUUGUGUAUGAAAAUUAAAUAUUUACAGAUUACUUCUGUAUUUGAAAUGUAUCAGUUAGGCCUCUUCCUCCUCAAGCCUCACACUCCUCACACUGCACUCCAUAUCUUCUGCAAAACAAACGUUGUUUUUGCCAAAGGGAAUAUUCAUCAGCUGCAGCUCACUCAUUAUCACUACUUUGUGGUAUUAAAGAUGAAUUCAUAAUGUAGAGGUGAAUGUAUUGAAGGUACCUUAAUGUAACGCACUUUUAAAUGUUUGUCCAUUUUAGAUUUGUGUUGUUAAACUUGCUCCUGGGAACCUGCGGGUAUUGAACGUGCUGUGGUUCACAGAGGCACAUACAGUAAACACUGAACCUGUCGUUAUACCCGAGGUCAACAACAGCACAAGCAUGGGGGACGUGGCAUAUAAUUGAGAUAUGCCACAUCAACCAAUCAUUUUUCAGUGCUGUUUAAUAUCACUCUGCACUUGGUGUGAAGCUAUGUUAGAUUUUAGUUGUGUAUUCUAUCAGAUUAGCCCUAACGUGUACUUGAUGUUAACGUUUUCAAUUUUGUCUGUAGAUUUUUCUCCAUCUACUAAAACAGUAUUUUGUUGAUACAUUUUUCUUUUCUUUUCUUUUCAGUAGCAGUUUCAUUGUAACCUUUGCCAAUUUCUUGAUAAGUGCCUAAAUUGCUUAAUUUUGACAGAUCAAUCAAUAAAUGAAUAGAUAUCCCGGGCUAACAUGGUGCUGAUUCUGGUGCGACAACAGCAAAAUAUGUCAAUAUACAGUACAGUGCAUUGAUCUCAACUCCCAUCUCAAGGAGAGAAAAUCACACACUGGCCAGUUGACUCUCAGAUAUGGGUUCGAAUGAAUCAAAGCAACACUACAGUCAAGGCUACAGUCAAUCCAUGUCAAACAUACAUAUUAUUUCUCUGUAGAGAUGUUCUUAGAUGUAUUUUUUGUUGUUGUUCGUUUUUCAUGUCUAUCUCAGAGAAAGGCUUGUUUAAAUUGAAAGUUCCCGAAAGACUACCACUGUAAUCCCAAAACCUGGGAGUAAUAAAAAUACUAUACAUACUAAAAUGCACUUUUUCCAUGUGUGAGUAAAUAAUGUCUAUUGCUGAUAAGAUGAAAACUGUGUAUAUACAGUCAUUGAGAGAAGUCUUGUCGCAUAAGGUCAUAGUAACUUAAAAUGGCAUAUAACUUUAUUUCAAAUAGAUCAAUUGUUACAAUAAAGGGUUCAUUUCAUUGUCA